GCGCCCGCCCCGCUCGCUCCCCGCCGGCCGCAGCAUGGCGGAGCCGCCCCGCCGCCUGGCCUCCCUCCUGCUGCUGCUGCUCUGGGGCUGCCUCAGCCCGCCCGCCCGCGCCGGCCUCCACUUCAGGCCCGGGCAGAGCUGCCACGUUCGGAGGGCGGGUGGGGCCCGGACCUACCCCCGCCCGCACGAGUCCCUGGGGGCGGCGGCGCUGCCCCGCAGCUGGGACUGGAGGAACGUGAACGGCGUCAACUUCGCCAGCACCACCCGGAACCAGCACAUCCCCCGGUACUGCGGGUCCUGCUGGGCUCACGGCAGCACCAGCGCCCUGGCAGAUCGGAUCAACAUAAAGAGGAAAGGUGCGUGGCCAUCCGCCUACCUCUCCGUUCAGAACGUGAUCGACUGCGCGGACGCGGGGUCCUGCGAGGGUGGGGACCACGCCGGCGUCUGGAAAUACGCGCACGACCACGGCAUCCCCGAUGAGACGUGCAACAACUACCAGGCUAAGGAUCAGAAGUGCAAGAAGUUUAACCAGUGUGGAACCUGCGUCACAUUUGGAGAAUGCCACGUGAUAAAGAACUACACUCUCUGGAAAGUUGCUGACUAUGGGUCUGUCAGUGGGAGAGAAAAGAUGAUGGCAGAAAUCUAUACUAAUGGACCAAUCAGCUGUGGCAUAAUGGCUACUGAGAAGCUGGAUGCCUACACGGGAGGGCUCUACUCCGAGUACAACCCCUCGCCCGUGGUGAACCACAUCGUAUCCGUGGCUGGCUGGGGAGUGGAGAAUGGCACAGAGUAUUGGAUUGUUCGUAACUCCUGGGGAGAACCCUGGGGUGAAAGAGGGUGGCUGAGAAUUGUGACAAGUGCAUAUAAAGGUGGAAGAGGAGGAGAGUACAAUCUUGCUAUUGAAGAGGACUGUGCGUAUGGAGAUCCCAUAGUUCCUUGAUGCCAUAUUGUACCUCUUGUCUGGUUAGGAACCACGUGGUUUGGACGCUUCCCAGCACAACCUUUUUCUGUUUAAGGAGUAGUUGUCUAAAACACCUUCACAGUUCCACACCAUCAGGCAGUUCUGCAAAAUUAGCCCAGACAGCAAUACAAUGUCUUCAAAAUAAAAUAGAGCUGUCUUUAGAUGAUUUACAACUUAAAAAAAGCAAUUUACCCAUGAAAAAGUUGUCUGUCUUGACGCACAGUAUUUAAAUCACACAGUUUCUGUGACUAAGUCAGUAUAUGUAAAUCCCUGUACAUUUUUAAAAUACAAGUUAUGUAGACAUACUGGGAAGGAAAAAUUAUACUCAAUAUUUGGGUCUAGAGCUUGUAUUAAAUUCUCUAACAGUAUUGAGCAAGUAUCGGCUCACAGUGGUGCAGAUGAAAAACACAGAGCUAAGUUUGGACAUGAUAUAUCCAAAAAAAUUAAAUCUGUUGUUUUCUUGGCCUCCUGGUGAAGCAUCAUCGGUGGAAGUCUCAAAAAAUGCAGUUGCUUUCGUCCAACCAAAAUGAUGUAACAGGAAUUACUUGGAUCAAGAGACACAGUCUAAACAUUUCUUAGUUAUUUAAUUGAUCUUGUCUUUGCUCAAAUUCCUCGCUUUAAUAUGUGAUUGAUUGGCUGUGCUAUUUUUCUCCUCAAGAGGGAACAUAUAAAUUGCCACAAGCUAGACCUCUAUCCGAAUUUGAAGGUACCAAAUUCUCUUCUUCCUUAAAACUGAGCCAGGUACUAAGUGGCAAAUCAGUGCCAUAUCAAAUGUUACUAACUAGACAUUGUUAAUUGCAUUUAAUAAAUGGACUUUUUCUCUUA